UCUCCGCCUACGAGCUAGGUCGGAGCGAUCGCUUUCGGAUUUCCGUUUUGUCCUCGUAUUACUAUUUAUUUUUAUAUUGUCGCCAGAUCGGUUGCCCCGACAUGCUUUCCAGUAGAAGAAAAACGCAUUGGUAGGUUCUUCUCUUUAAAUUUGUCACGCUGGGCAGCUUUUCCUCGCGAGCAGCUCGCGCUGUCGGAAUCUCCAAGUGAAAGUAGUUAGCAGUGGUUUUGACACUUCGACGAUGUCCGGGUCUUAUUAUUUCGUGAUCGUCGGUCACUUCGACAACCCAGUAUACGAGAUGGAGUUCCACCCCGCCAACAAGCAGGCUAACAAGGAAGACCACCGUUAUCUCAGCCAGUUCAUCGCUCAUGCCGCCCUUGACCUGGUGGACGAGUGCAUGUGGGCCACCAACAACAUGUACCUGAAAGUGGUCGACAAGUUCAACGAAUGGUUCGUCUCGGCCUUCGUCACGGCGAACCGCAUGCGGUUCCUCGUGCUGCACGACGUGAAGAACGAGGACGGCAUCAAGAGCUUUUGCACCGAAAUGUACGAGUUCUACGUGAAGUACGCCUUGAACCCAUUCUAUGAGCACAACACUCCCAUCAAGUCGGCGGCUUUUGAUGAAAAGGCCAAGUUCUACGGCAGGAAGUACUUGACAGGCUGAGCACGUCUGCGAACUUGCGUGUUCCGAGAGAGAGAGAAUGAGCUCGAAGUUUGCAGAAGAUCAGUGAGCAUCAGCUCUGCCUUGAAACCAUUUAUGUUGUGUGUGAAUCACGUUUCAAAUGCUUUUCUUUGUGUGUGGGAGGGGCAGAAGGGUAAUAAACCUGUGAUGGAAGAAC